UGCAAAUCAAUCCCAGAACAACAGCAAAGGACCUUGUGAAGAUGCUGGAGGAAACGGCCAGUUGAAGGAUUAAAGCAGAGGCGACGAGUGUAGAGAAUCACCUUGCGUUCUCUUCUGGAAGAGGCCUCUGUCCGGGGCUGUGGAACUGGGGAAAAGACUGAGUGACAGGAGGAGAGUUGGGAAGGACAUAGAGGUGUUGAGGAAGGAGAGCUUGGACCUACACCACCUUACUACCAGCCAGGAGCAGCGACCGGAGCAGUGUCAAAGAUCAGCACUGCAGAGCCAGGCUGAACUAGCAUCCCGAGAGGCCAUCCUCAGCCUGCUGUGUCUUAGGGUACGCAAAGUAUCUUUGUAUCCUGCAACACCACCCAGACAGAAUACCAGCUACAGAAACUACACACACAGCUGCAGGAGAGGACUGUACGCAUCAACCAGCUGGAGAGAGGGGAGAAGAGCAGCAGUCUCCAGCACUUUAAAACUACUCUGGACUUUAAUAAGAGGGACACCCAUAGGCGUUGGAGUCUCAGAGAGCUGGAUCGGAGCAAUCUAAGGAGCUAGAGGAUCAAAUCUAAAUGGUGAGGUUUUUGGAGACGGAUGAGUUGAGUAGCUGUGUGCAGCAGAUACAGGGAGUGAAGGGACGCUAUGAGAGAGUGAGCUGGAGACACGAGCCAAAGAGGCAGUCAACGGAGGACAUGAAUAAGGUUCAGGGUGAGCUGAGUGAGCGAGAGCAGCAGAUGCUGCGUAUACGGAGAGACAGCGUCACAAAGGCCUUCCAGCUCUCCAAGAUGGAGAAGAUGCUAGCCGAGACCAGAGGAAAGCUGGACAAGAAGCCUGAGCCUGGAACGGAAAGUAAAGGACGGGACACCCGGGACGACAUGGUCCAGGACCUGGAGGAUAAGGUGCGUUUCACCAGGAGAGACAGGAGGAACUCCCUGCACCGCACCCAGCUGCUGGAGAGCCAGAUGAAGACUGUGAAGGGAGAGCUGGUGGACACACUGGAUCACCUGCAGGAGCUGCGAGACAGGCUGAGACGCUCACAGGCUAACGCAGAGCAGCGCAAAGUUGACAUGGAGAAACUGCAAGCAGGGAUGAGGUGAGCCAACAAACCCAAUGGUUCUGGCCCAAUGUGCAGGGGCAGAGGCUCCUUCAGUCUUCUCCUAUGCCCACAACCACUUGGUUCUUGGUACUUUGGCCUCUCUUGGUACCUGCUUCAUUCUUUUUCACCAAUGGGGCCUGAACACCUCAAUUUUGACGACAAAGCUGAAUCCAAAUACUUUUUAAAACUGUAACAAAUGUAUAUUGCCUCUUUACAGUUUGUAAUACUCCCAAAUCUUUGGAAAUGCUUAUCUACUUUGUUUUUACUUCGUUUUCACUUCCCACAAACUGCUUUUGUGACUUGGUUGUUGUUAGGGAUUGAUAAACACUUGUAUUAUGUUAGCUCCUAUUCACAGCACUGUAUUUCCUGUCCGUGUUGUGUGGAAACUCAGAGCCAGACCAGAAUGUCAAUUACCGAAUAAAAACUGUGCUACAAUCCAACGGGAAAGAAGCAAAAAA